AUGAUAGAUGAUUCAACACGUGUUCCUCUUGGAGAAAACAAGGACUACAUCAAUGCUAGCUAUAUUAGAAUAGUCAAUUCUGGAGAAGAGUAUUUUUAUAUUGCUUCUCAAGGACCACUGCCAAGUACCACAGAUGACUUUUGGCAAAUGGUUUUAGAGAAUAACUCUAAUGUUAUUGUCAUGAUAACCAGAGAGAUAGAAGGUGGAAUUAUCAAAUGCCACCAUUACUGGCCCAUUUCUAUGAAGAAGCCUUUGGAAUUGAAAAACUGUCAUAUCUUCCUGGAAAACUACCAGAUACUUCAAUAUUUUAUCAUCCGAAUAUUUCACGUUGUGAAGAAGUCUACAGGAAGUAGUCACUUUGUAAAACACUUGCAGUUCACCAGCUGGCCAGACCAUGGCACUCCUGCCUCGGUAGAUGGCUUCAUAAAGUACGUGCGUUAUGUGAGGAAGAGCCACCUUACAGGACCUAUGCUUGUUCACUGCAGUGCUGGCGUGGGCCGGACGGGGGUGUUCCUAUGUGUGGAUGUUGUGUUCUGUGCCAUUGAAAAGAACUUUCCAUUCAACAUCAAGAAUAUAGUGACCCAAAUGAGAGAACAGCGUUAUGGCAUGAUUCAAACGAAGGAGCAGUAUUUCUUUUGUUAUAAAGUUGUGCUUGAAGUUCUUCAGAAGCUUCUGACUUUAGAUUAA